UUCGUCCCCUCAAGUCCCGCCCACGAAUAACGUUGAGGGUUGCGAAUACAGUUCAACCUAACUUGAUCCGUGUGACGGGACGUAUGAUUGGUCGGAUUUCCCAUUGGCUAGCCCAUCCGUCAAUCGUUACCAUAGGAAUCGGGUUUGGUUGUCAAGCCGACGGAAGCGCGAGCGGAACCUUCAUGAAGUUUUUCAUCGAAAAUGUGAAGCAAUCGGAAACCAGCGGCCGACUCGAGUCGAUUCCACUGCAACCCGACCAGCUCCUGAGGGCGACACCGGUUAGGAGUACCGGCUUAGACAACGCGAACCCUCGGGAGACGCACCAGGGAGAGGAAAGGAAAAGGGAGAAAAAGGCACACACACACACGCACCAGAGUAGGCAGUGAUAGUGUCUCAGCCAUCAGAGGGGAAGGAGAGGGACACACACGCAGAGGACUGGCCAGGAGUAGUGUCUGAACCAUCAGAGAGGAGGGAGAGGGACACACUCACAUUGGGCACAGCGUCUUGUCCAAUAGAAGAUCCCUGGGUAAAGGACGUACACAUACACUAGGGUGUGAGGAGAUAAUAUACUUCAACCAUCAGAAGGGGAGGGAAAGAUACAAGUUUACUUAUCAGAAGGAAACAGGCACCAGGGUGGGGAGAAGAAUUGUCCUUAUUGGAGGGGCACAAUGCAUUAAGCAGCGAAAGUGGGACCCGACCUCUGUCAGAUUGGGAUACACAUACAGGAAGAAUUAGACAGAGAAAUAUACACCAACGGAUUGAUCGGGCAAAACUGACUGAGCCCAGAGACAGUCAGAGAGAGAGAGAGAGAAAAAAAAGUGCAGGGAAAAGCUCAUCCAGAAGCAUCAGAGGGAGGGGGAGGAAACAAGUGCUUAGGAAUCGAGACAUAGGGUGAAGAAGCACAGUGGGGAAUUGUGAAAUAUUGUAAUCGUCUGCAUUGCAGCAAUUCCGCUGCAAAAGUGUUUGGAACUGUGAUCUUGAACUUUGGAGCCCCGUGCUUUUGAACUGCUAAUUGUUAGCCUUUCUGUUGUUGCUAAUCAUGGGCCUACCAGCACUGGAAUUCAGCGAUUGUUACCUGGACAGCCCGCAUUUCCGGGAUAAAAUCAAGUUUCACGAGGCAGAGCUGGAAAAAACAAACAAGUUCAUUAAAGCUCUGAUUAAAGAUGGAAAAGCAUUGAUUCAGGCAAUGAAAAAUCUGUCCGUCGCAAAGAGGAAGUUUGCAGAAUCGUUAAAUGAAUUUAAGUUUCAGUGCAUUGGAGAUGCAGAGACGGAUGAUGAGAUCUGUAUAGCAAAAUCACUUCAAGAAUUUGCAGGAGUUCUAAAAAAUCUUGAAGAUGAGCGAGGACGUUUGAUUGAGAAUGCUGGAGAUGUCCUCAUCAGUCCAUUGGAACGGUUCCGGAAGGAACAAAUUGGAGUUGCAAAAGAGGCAAAGAAGAAAUAUGAUAAGGAAACAGAAAAGUACUGCAAUGUGCUGGAAAAACAUUUAAAUCUGUCAUCAAAAAAAAAGGAUUCUCAUCUUCAAGAGGCAGACAGCCAAGUAGAUGUCAUUCGUCAACGUUUCUAUGAAGUCUCACUGGAAUAUGUACUGAAAGUGCACGAGGUCCAAGAGCGAAAGAUGUUUGAGUUUGUGGAACCAUUGCUUGCAUUCUUACAAGGACUCUUUACGUUUUAUCACCAUGGUUAUGAACUAGCAAAAGACUUUGGACAUUUUAAAACCCAGCUUCAGAUCAGCAUUCAGAAUACACGAGACCGGUUUGAAGGUACACGAUCUGAAGUUGAAUCAUUAAUGAAAAAAAUGAAGGAGAACCCUCAAGAACAUCAGAGUAUCAGCCCUUACACAAUGGAAGGCUACCUUUUCAUACAGAAAAAAAGUCCUUUUGGAUCCAGUUGGGUAAAGCACUACUGUACAUAUCAAAAAGAAUCAAAGCAAGUUACCAUGGUGCCAUUUGACCAGAAAACUGGAGGAAAGAUAGGGGACGAAGAAGUAUUUAUCCUAAAGUCAUGCAUUAGAAGAAAAACUGACUCCAUUGAGAAGAGGUUUUGUUUUGAUGUAGAAGGAGCAGACAGGGCAACCGUGAUCACCAUGCAAGCACUCUCUGAGGAAGACAGAAGGCUGUGGAUGGAAGCCAUGGAUGGUAGAGAACCAGUAUACAAUUUGAAUAAGGACAAUCCAAUAAGUGAAGGUGCUGCUCAACUGGACAAGAUUGGAUUUGAUUUAGUGAAGAAAUGCAUACAUGCAGUUGAAGAAAGAGGAAUUAAUGAACAGGGCCUGUACCGAAUAGUUGGUGUUAAUUCUCGAGUACAAAAAUUGUUAGGUUUAUUAAUGGGAACAGCCGAUAUAGACCUUGAAAGCUCAUCUGAGUGGGAGAUAAAAACAAUUACCAGCACACUUAAACAUUAUCUGAGAGUGCUUCCAGCUCCAUUGAUGACAUUCCAAUUACAACAUAGCUUUAUCAAAGCAGCGAAGUUGGACAAUCCAGAAUCAAGACUGUCUGAGAUACAUAAAUAUGUUCAUCGGCUGCCAGAGAAGAACAAGGCGAUGUUGGAAAUAACUAUAAAACAUCUGGCAAAGGUGUCCAGUAACCACAAACAAAAUCUGAUGACAGUGGCAAACCUAGGUGUGGUGUUUGGACCGACACUGUUUAGACCUCAGGAGGAGACUGUAGCAGCAAUCAUGGAUAUCAAGUUUCAGAAUAUAGUUGUUGAGAUCUUAAUAGAAAAUUAUGAAAAGAUUUUCAAAAUAAUUCCAGAAACUGCAACAAUUCAAUCAAAUCCAUCAUUAAAUUCUGUGCAGAAGAAAAGUUCUGAGCCUAAAACUGCCUUGUGCAGCCAAAGACCUUUAAUGUUGUUUCAGACAACAUCAAAUGAAAAUGAGAAGCAGAACAGCAUUGCAGUCUCCAGUAAUGUAUCUGUGUUUGUUCCAACUGUGAAUGCCUCAUCCAGUUCUAAAACCAAUCGACAAAGCGUGCAUAGUCUGGGAUCUAGUGACACUGAGGUGUGUGCAUUGAAACUGGAUCGACCAAAUUCUUUGGCCAUGUGGUCAGGUUAUGCAACUCUGGCAGCAAGAUUCAGAAAAAGAUUAAAUCCCAAACGGAAACCCAGUCUCACUAGUCCUCUUCCUCCCAGUCCCAGCUCACCACUCUCACCCACAUGGCCCAUGGUUUCUGCACCUUCAAGUCCAGUUCCUGUUUCCUCCAGUGACUCUUCCCCUCUCAGUUCCCAAAAUCGCAAAGCUCGAGCCCUUUAUGCAUGUAAAGCAGAGCAUGACUCAGAAUUAUCCUUCAGCGCUGGAACCAUCUUUGAGAAUGUUCAUUCAUCUCGGGAACCUGGUUGGCUUGAAGGAACACUGGAUGGGAAGACUGGACUAAUUCCAGAAAAUUAUGUUGAGUUUCUAUAGCCAAAUAUGUGCAACAUUAUAGCUGAGAAUUACAUGGUAUCCAUGGGAAUCAAUGAAGAUAUGAACAUUAUUUCAGUUUUGGCAUUUUAUUCUAUUGCAGAAAUGCAGUGAGGAUAUUGAGUGAACUGGAGAUUAUUUUCAAUUCAAGCUUAUAAUGUCCUGUAUGGAUAUGAUUCACCAUUAAUUUAUCAAACCAGAGCCUGUAAUUAUUUCAUAAGUAUUUUGUUUUUACUUCAAAUACUUAUGUUUGUGAAAGUAGGAUUUAUUUUAUCUGAACUAGACAGUAGAAUGUAUAUAAUGUAGAUAUUCAUUCUACUUAACUGUUGCAAAUAUCUGUAUGAUGUAUGUAGUAUGAAAUGGGGGUUUUAAUUUGGAAAGUGGGUUUACCAUUUCUUCAACCUAAAGUAUUGGAUUCACAUAUUUUGAUGAUACAAUUGAAAUACGGCAUUACAGAAAUGCAAGUGGCUCGGCAAUGGUCACAUUAAUGGUCAAAUAGGUAUAAUGAAGUGAAGGUGAAUUAUUGUCCAUUUCAUUAUUUUUAAAGCAUAAUCAUUUAUAUGGCAAACAUUACUUAUCUAUUUUUCAAAUUACACAUUAAUUUCAUAUUUUUAAAAAUAUGUUUAACAUAAAAUUUAAUACUUUCCAUGUUGUAAAAGAAGAAAUGAAUUUUAAGGAUGGAAAUGUUAAAGUAUAGAUAUGUUUAAAUAUAAGUGUUUUUAACAUUUUAAAAAAAGACAAUCAGCCAGCAAGUGGAAGACAUUUCUAUUGACUUUGGCAUUCCACUUAUGAAUAAACUGCUUUGAGAUGGUAACAGAAAACAUUUCUGUUAAGUUUACUAUACAUGCUUUGGCAGCUAAUAUUUUAAUUGCUUAAGGUAACAACUGCACAGAACUGAUCAAGUUUAGGAUAAAUUUAAUGAUUUCAACAAAUCACCUUUGAAGCCUGGAAUUUCAAAUCAAACACAGAUUUGCAUUUAUAGAAUAUAAUCUAUUCCAGUAUCAGAUAUAUUGUACCAAAGGUUUUCCAUCAGAUUUUUAAAAAUAGAACCUCCUGCCUUGAUUUGACAGUAUGUAUGAGCAUGCAUAAAGAACUAUGAGCUGCGUGUGUGUGCGUGUACGUGCGUGUACAUGUCUUGAGUGCGCCUUAAAACAAGCUUCUGCCUAAUCUACUCAUCUUGCAGAUCUAACUUCUUCACAGAAUAGAUAUUCAACUGCUAGUUAGAAGCAAGUUGAAAAGAAAUAGGUAAUGAAAAUCUGAGGGAAGAAACACCAUCCUUCAUGGUCUUUAUCUAUUCUGCUUGUGGAAAUUAUUUGCUAUAAAACAAACAACCACUUCUUUCUGCUCUUAACAAAGUUUGACUUUUUAAAGAUUUAAAUCUAUAGCAGUUAUUUUGUUUUAGGAACUGUAUCUAAUUUUAAAGUUUUCUUUUAAACUCAUUACUUCUAACUUAAUCGUGCUAAUACUGCUGAAGCCUGUGUUUUGUGAUAAUUAAUGAAUUUUGUUGCAAUGGUUGAAAUAGUUCUACAUUAUUUACACUCUAGUAGUUCUUCACUCAACUAUCAGUUGCCAAUAAAA